AUGGCAGCUUCAAAAGAUCUUAAUCUUGCUAGAAAAAAUCUAUCCAAUUCUCUCGGUGACAACGCUAAAGUAUACUUCGAAAAAAUGAAAUUAUGGUUUCAAAUGAAGAGUACUAAAGAAGAAUUUGAUAGCGAAGCUAGGAAUAUUAUGACAGACGAGCAAAUUCAUUUACACAAUGAAUUUCUUUUGUGUUUAUUUAAUAAAGUACGAGGUCUUGCAACUGCGACACCUUCUAGACCUGUGAAAUCUAACAACACACCUAUUCACACAGAUAAAGACAAAACUUUAAAGGAAAAGCGAUUAAAAUUAAAGAGAAAAUAUAAAACUGAUCGAUCUAAUUUUGAACCGGCAGAUAUGUAUGUAGAAGUGCUAAGUCAGACGUCAUCUCCAGUAGGAGACGAACCUAUUGGUGCUAAUAGAUCUAGUGCACAAGAAUUAUUGCUACCUGAUAGGACUUUUGUACUAGCAAGAUUGAUGUUGGCUGCUUGGGAAAAUAAUAUGGAUAGUGCCGAUGAAAAUACAGCACAUCUAAUAAUUGCUGCAACACAAAUAUUUCUCAAAAAUAUAAUUACAGCUGUAUUUGCAAGGAGAAAGGGAUUCACGGUUUAUCAAAAAAACUUUAUUUAUAACAUAGGAGAACCAGUAUCCUGUUCUUGGAAGAGAAAUACAAUGUUUAUCCCUCGUGGAAUUCAUUCAAGUAAACCAACCGACAUAGUUGACCCGGAUGGACAAGUACCCUCAGUAAAACAAACGGUUGAAGAAAUGGAACAAGCAACAGCUUUCGCUAUGGCUUGUUCAACAUCGGUAUUAUCAUCACCGUUACCACCAGUUAGCAUUAAUGAUUUAUUGCAAACAUUGAAGAUUUACAAAAAUCUAGUUAAUAACCAUACAACUUAUGCAACUAACAUGGAACGUUUAUUUACUUAUCCCACCCAUUCAACUUGGGAAGAUUUAGAAAGUAAAAAGUUAUUGUGUUAG